UUUUGUUCUGAUACCAAAAGGUUUAAAUGGUUUCGAGAUUCAACCAACUUUGAAGAGUUGUUAAUGCAGUUGCAGAAGCAUGUUAACCGAAAAUCAUUCCAAACCGGAGAAUAUCAACUCGAACCAGAAUACCAAACCGGAAAUUCCAACAGUGAUCGUGCUAUGUUUAAGUUAAAAUUUAAAUUAAGCAAACACCGGAGAGUGAUUGGAUCGGGGAAUUUGGGAAAAGUAUGGAGAAGAAGACGAAAGUGCUAAUUGUGGGAGGUACUGGAUACUUGGGUCAGCAUCUUCUUCAAGCUUUCGCCGGCAACUAUGGCGGUGAAUGUGAGCUAUACGACGUCGCUUUCACUCACCAUUCUUCUCCACUUCCCGCUCGUUUGCUCGACGCUUUCCCUCAUUCCCCCGCGUUUCCUGUCGAUCUUAAAUCCGGUCUAGGGCUCAAUUCCAUAUCCCAGGACUUUCGUCAGCCUGAUGUGGUCGUGAAUUGUGCUGCUCUGUCUGUCCCACGAGCUUGCGAGCAAGAUCCAGAUUCCGCCAUGUCCAUCAACGUACCUACUUCUCUUGUAAACUGGUUAUCAAGUUUUGAGACUAACAAAACCUUGUUGAUUCAUCUCUCUACUGAUCAAGUUUAUCAAGGUGUCAAGUCUUUCUACAAGGAAGAAGAUGAGACUGUUGCAGUCAACGUUUAUGGGAAAUCAAAAGUUGCAGCAGAGCUUCUCAUCAAGGAUAAGUGUCAAAGCUUUGCAAUAUUGAGAAGUAGUAUCAUCUUUGGUCCUCAAACUGUAUCACCUCUCCCCAAGACUCUCCCAAUUCAGUGGAUUGAUAGCUCCUUAAAGAAAGGGGACACGGUAGACUUCUUCCAUGACGAGUUUCGUUGCCCCAUUUACGUUAAGGAUCUUGUGAAUAUCACUUUCAAAUUAAUAGACAGAUGGGUCUCUGAUGAUAAACAGAUGCGGCUAGUUCUGAAUGCUGGUGGACCCGAGAGGCUAUCUCGUGUUCAAAUGGCUCAAAUGGUUGCAGAAGUCAGAGGAUACGACCUGUCCUUGAUUAAACAUGUGUCUGCAUCAUCGAUUGAUCGUGGCGUAGUGUCACCAGCAGAUAUAUCUAUGGACAUAACUAAACUGAUUCAUACACUUGAGCUCUCUCCAACUUCUUUCAAGGAAGGUGUUAGGUUAACGCUUGACUCUGAAUCUCAUUCUCAUAUGCUCCCAUGAUAGUAUUCCCUUAUGUGCUCUUCUUUACCACUCUGCUUCUUUCUAUGGAGAAAAAUCUCGGUUUGAGAAAACCAAUGUAAAACGGUUGAUAUGGUUUCGGAAUUAAGGUUUGGUUUUCAAUCAAUAAUUGUGGGAUUGAAACGGCACACAGUUUGAGUAAGCAA